GUCGGCGCGUUUGCUGAUACAUUAUAAAAAUCGACUGAUUGCUGAGGGGGGACGCUUCAAUGAAUGAACAGCAGAGGGAAACACACCCACUGGCAGCUUGAGGGGACUGAGGUGCAAACGCUCCGGGCGGACAUGCGAUUUUUUUGAUAAAGUGAACACCGGAGCUGAUGCUAAAUAUGUGGAGGAAAGGCUCGGCUGAAGGCUCUGACCGGUUUGAAUAUUUACAAACUCUGGUGACUGAAUUUCAGGACACCGACAGUGAAGAGGCAAAGGAGCAAGUGCUGGCUAACCUGGCCAAUUUUGCGUACGACCCGAAGAACAUGGAGUAUCUGCGGGAGCUGCAAGUGACCGACCUCUUCUUGGACAUGCUGACUGAGGAGAAUGAGAACUUCGUGGAGUUUGGGAUGGGAGGGCUAUGUAACCUCAGUAUGGACCCCGAAUGCAGGGACAUCAUCCUGCAGAGCAGCGGGAUCGGCCUAGUCACCAACUGUCUGUCAAGCCAGAGGGAAGAGACAGUCCUGUCAGCCAUUACUACGCUCAUGAACCUCGCAGCGCCCUCGUCACGCUCAGAGAUCGCCGACCCGGCCAUCCUGCAGUGCAUGCUGCGCUUCUCCCUCUCGGAGAGCCCCCGACUGCGCAACCUGGCCGCCGUCUUUCUGCAGGACUGCUGCACCCAGGAGCAGGUGGCCCGGGCGGAGCAGCAGAUGCAGGGACAGCAGACGGCCGUCGGGAUCCCGCUGCCGAAGGACGGCUGAGGUUGUUUUCUUUUUUUUGUUUUUGGUACAUAAGUGGAUAUGUUUGCUCUCUGUGAGAGCAUCUAAAAAUGUCUGCGGCCGGUGAGUUGGCCAAAAACCCUGUGGACACCCAAACAUCACAUCUAUAUAUGAUUGUUCAGAGCCUUUUUGUCAAAUGUUACAAUACAUUUGUGAGACAGAGAAAGUGUAAAAAAAGUGCUAAAGUGUAGUGAGGUGCAAGUGGCUGCAACGCUAAUCUGGUCACAACCUGUCAGUCGAACUGGGAAAACCGCAUUUGGUUAAUUACACCUGGAGCCUGACUUAUGAUGAUCUUUGUCUUCCUGUGCACUUUUAUUCCCUUUUUAAAUAUGAAUUGAACCUGUAGUCUAGGGGUAUGAUUCUCGCUUUGGGCGCGAGGGGCCCCGGGUUGUGCUUUUUCUUACCACAUGAGGGAGACUGGGUAGUUCUUGUCAAACUGAAGGGUUCUUUUGAUACCAUCAGCUAUUGUCAAUACACAGUGUGAGUGCUUGAGAGAUUGAUGUAGUUUAUUACUAAUAGCAAGAAAACAUCAAAUUUUGUUGACUUCCAAACAAUUUGGCAAAAAAAAGGCAUUGGGAGAGAAGUGACAAAAUCUUGCUUGUAAAAACAGGCUCACCCUCUGCAGUAUUAAUGUCGCUACCUAUUUUUCCCCAAAAAUGUACAUUCCUUUGGCUUUCAAGUGAUUUUCUAAGACCCGGGGCAGAUGUUGGGGCAUGUUGAAACCAACCGGUUGACUCUUGCGCUUGGCGCUCUCCUCCAGAAUACCAUGUCCUGAAAUGUUAAAUCCAAACCCAAAAUAUGUAAAAUAAAAAAUGCAAAAUAAACCUUGAGGUUCCUCUGUAAGAGCCAGGAGCCCCGUUUGUUUUCUUCUGGGCUCUCAAGAGCUAUUUCUGGGCCGAGUCCUUCAGGUCUAGACAGAGGACGACAUCCGAUCCUGCAGCCCAGCGUCAGGUGGAAUGCACAUGUAACCGAGUCAGACCCCAGAGGAAAUUCUUUACAGCUUUGACUGUGUGUGUCUGUGAUACUCGCUCAUUUCAAACACCACAGAGUUUUAAUUUUUAAUCAGUCUGUGCGUGUGUGUGUGUGUGUGUGUGUGUGUGUGUAUUUGAAUGGCAUUACAAGGGCUUAAGAGGCGUGCACCUGCCACCAAGAUCAAUAAAAAUACUUUCUUUCUUCCCGUAAAAAGAGAAACACCCAUGCCUGGUUUUAAUAAUGUGGUCCAAAGUUUAUUUCAAGCUGAUGUUAAAAAAAAAAAAAAAUUUUUAAAUCUUUCUGCAGUAUAAAAAGGAAGCACAGUGGUUCAAUAACAAGUUCUGCACUGAUCUUCCAUAUUCUAUAUGUAUGAUUGAACAAAGUGGCUCAGCAGCCCCACGAGACAUCUACUCAUUUCCCUCUAGUUCUGUAUCAUUGGCUCCACAUUUCUAUUAAAGCUAUACAAUUAUGCAGUUUUGUGUUAAAGGAUAAGUCUGGUGUUAUUCUAUAUAUUUCUUACUCUCAACAAAUCCCAUGAAAGGACCGAAAUCAACAUUACACUACUCCAUCUCUAAAAACUUUACAAACUUUCCCUAGGCCGCGUGUGACCAGCUGGUUCCACGUGAAGAUGUAAAUCCUUAAAAACCUGCUCACAAAUUCAUAGUUUCAUUUUUAUAAAACAGCUCAAUAACCUCCUGAAACAUCGGGUCACAGUUUGUUUUCUGUUUUUUUUUUAGCAGACGUUACUCAAACAGGUGUAAAAAAAAAAAAAAAUUGCAUUUGUUUGGGACUAUUUUCAACAGCGGAUGAAUACACGUUUUGUGCUCUAGCGAGUAAUUACAGCAGCAGGACGGUGUGUGUUUAUAAUACCUCAGGAUAAACUACAGGGGGUGUGUGUGUGUGUCUGUGUCUGUGUUUUCAUGGUAAUGAAGGUCGCCCAGUGCAACAGUGUUUUUGUAUACACAGACGAUACUUGUUUAUCAGAUCAAGUCAUUGUUGCUUUUGGUCUCCUCGUGCGAUUUGUUGAGAGCAAGAUAAAUACAUAACCUGAACCUUAUCCUUUAAUAAGCUGGUUGCAGGAGGAUACACGCAGCCAUUUUGCUCGCUAAGCAGCUUCGUACCCAUCUAUCACACGUCUGCAGAGGGCUCAGGCUGUCUGUUGUUGUUAUGUCUUCAGGCCUUUUAAGAAGCUCUGACAUACAGGUUCACUGUAUACAAGAAUUGAAUUCCCUCCAUGCACGAGCAGGGCCUCUCAUUUUCCCUUCUUCAGUCCCAGCUGCUUCUUGGCCUCCUCGCCUAGUUUGUGCUUCUGGAUCUGAGGAGAGAGAGAGAGAGAGAGAGAGACGUGCUGAGUCAGCAGAAAGUUUUUCCUCCAGGUUGUGAGUUGUGGUGAAUAAGACUGCUUUGGACGUAAUAAUGUGAAAGUGAUCAAGAUUUCGGAAAAAUAAACAACUGUAGAAGAAACGAGGAAUCGCAUCAGUCGUGUUACGGUUGAGCGAUAUGAUGAUAAAUUCUGCGAGACGAGGUCGGUCAGAGAUUUAGCUUUGCUCUUUUUACAUCCCUUCAAGGUCUGUGGUCGUAUGAGGGCAUUGUGGGUAAGACUGCACAUUAAUGAGCAGCGCCGCUUUAUGGCAAAAUCCGAUUUACGGGAUUUUUGUGUCGCGGUGGUGAAACGCCUUGACCUGUAGGGUAUUUAUCCCGCCAGAUUGGCCAAAAACAUCUGAACUGAACCAGAGAUCGAUUGUGUGAACUAGCUCUGCCAGGGUUCUCACAAGAACUAAAAAAUACGAUCGUAUCGCUCCUGGUUUGGCUUCCUUGCUCUGGGCUGCCUGUGGCCUUCACAAUUGAUUUUAAUUACUAGUUUUUCUCCCUACAUUGCUGACCUUCUCCCUCCCUACGCUCCGGCCCGUAGCCUGAUAUCUGUUGAUCAGAUCUGUUGAGCAGACUGGAGAUGGGGGGGGGUUAACGUUUACCGUCAGGGUUCCUAAACUGUGGAAUUGCCUUCCACUGGAAAUUAGACAAUCUGUGUCCUCUUUUAAAUCUCUACUAAAGUCUUAUUUUUGUAGAUCAGCUUUUAUUUAGUUUUACAUGGAUUUUUCAUUUUGUCAUCCUAGUUUAUGUAUUUAUUGUUUUCUUUACAUAUUUUCUCUUAUGUAUUUUAUUUUCUCCUGUGUGUUCAUCUUCUCAUGGUUUUUUGUCUUCUCUCGUGUCUGUAAACCACUUUAUAAACUUUAUAAAAUGUUAUUAUUAUCAUCAAUUUCCAGAAAAUCUGUUUUAUCGAGAUAGGUAUAUUGAUACCUCAAAAAAUUUAGGGCUGCAACUAAUGAUUGCUUUCAUUACUGAUUAUUGGAUUAAUUGUUGGGUCAAUAAAAUGUCAGAAAAAAUGGAAAUGCCCAUCACAAGUCCAUAGAGCCCAAACCGAUGUCUUUAAAUAGCUUGUUUUUUUCUGACCAACAGUCCCGAACCCAAAGAUUUUAAAUUUACAAUGACGACCUGGCUCUGUCCAAAGGCAACAAAAUCCACCUACCAGCACCUGUAAAGCUCACUGAUGGACACGUUACACUGCAUUUUGUCUGUUUUUUCCCUACAAAAAUACACGAACCCCCCAUAAGACCCACAAGCUGUCAUGUGUCCUUUUGUCUACGGCUCAAGCAAUCAAGAUAUGACACGUCAGUUAGUGAGCCUGACAGGUGCUGGUUGGUGGACCUUAUCAUCCCUGUUUCCAGUCUUUCUGCUAAGCUUCAUAUGUAGUGUACAGAUAUGAGGGUCGGUAUCGACCUCAUCUAACCUUCGGCAAGAAAGCAAAUAAGCCUAUUUCCCAAAAAAAGUCAAAGUCCUUCUUCAAAGUGACCGCACUGGCAGGGAUCUGUAGAUGUGCGGAUCACAUUACAUCCCCAGUGCUUUCUGAGAGGUGGGAUCCACGUCUCCUGGAAAUCCCUGCAGCCGAAAACCGCCGCGUUCAAGGGCAGCCUGCGGUGUCGUGGUGACACUGUCGGAAAUCCGCUUGACGGCUCCACUAGCCCGGGGGCAAACUAGUCUACAGGCUUUCAAGUGCGCGUCCUGUUGCUGUCCUGGAAAGCACUGUUAAUACUGAGCGGAUUAUUCCGGUGAAGUAAAGGAAACCGGACCGUAGGAGGCUGGUGGUCUGCCGCCCUUCUGGCUUCAUCUGAUAGGGCACGGUGUGCGUGCAGACGAGCUAAUAGCUGCCUUUCCCUCCUGUCUGGGGGCAUUCGGGGCAGGCCUGUUCAAACACAGCGCCAUGUCGACAGUAGAUUACUCUAAACGGCGUCCCGUGAGAGAAGCACAAGAGGGGAGUUGAUGUUUUUGUGUUGGACUUCGCCCCUGCCCAGUUUAUCAGAGAUUAUUUACAGGAGCUGCUAAGUAUAGUUCUGUUUUUUGGGUUUUGUUUUUUUUACGCUUUAUGCGUGUCAUCUUAAUAAACACAGUAAAAUAAACCUUGUUUGUCUGUCGUUCAUACAUUCAUAGGAAAAACCUGGAAGAGCAUGGAGCACUACAGGAGCUGAGCUGAGAAGUCAGGAUUUGGGAAAUUACCUUUCCAGUAACAGUGAGCGGAAAAUAAACAUUGGACGACACAGGACCCCCAGUCAACCCAAGGCAAGAACACAAAUU